UAUUUAUGAUGUAAAAUUUUUACGGACACCUAGUGGAAAAAAUUAUUUAUAUACCUACCAUAUGCACUUUAAUUCCUAUCGCAGCUGAAUGUCAGUUUAUGUAUCUACUCUUUUUUAUAAGCUUUUAAUUUAUAUAACAGUUUACAAGCAACAUGAUAAAUUACAUUUUUUAAAAAUUAGAAUGAUUUAAGUAUCGACGAAGGAAAACGCUUUCAGUAAACAAAGAUAUUUAACCGAAUAAAAGUAAAUUAAAACUGACAUCAGUAGAACGAACGAUUUGAGGUUAUGUAUUAACGUGAAAAGGAAUGAAAAGAAACAAUGAAUAUCGAUGAAAAUUGGCAAAAUUUUAGUGAAAAAAAAUGUAUCAGAUUCAAGUCUGCCAAACAGUCUGAUAACCAAAGUAAUAAAAUUCAAGAUGUGAAAAAUCAGUUCAAUUUUGGGAAACGUCGGCAAAAAGGACAAGGCAUGUCCCUUACACAGUUUUUACGAACGGAAUUAACGAGAGGCUACCAAUUGGAAAAUGAUGAAGAAAGAUUUUCUGCAAGAAGGGAGAAAAUUUAUUCUUUCAUGAAAAUUCCAAGGGAAGUUGAAAAGUUCAUGGCUUAUGGUUUCUUGCAGUGUGCAGACUCAUUUCUGUUUGUAUACACAUUUUUACCUUUAAGAUUCAUGAUGGCAUUAUGGACAGUAAUUACUAGACCCCUUUGGUACUGUUUCGGAAAAGAGAAAAAUAAUUUGAAAGUUGGUGAAAGACAUUUAAGACCAGCAGAGAUCUGCGACCUUUUAAAGGGAAUCGUAGUGAUCAGUUGUUGGGCAGCUACUUGGAAAGUUGAUACAUCUAUGAUGUAUCAUUUGGUGAAAAGUCAGUCUGUAAUAAAAUUGUACAUAUUUUAUAAUAUGCUGGAGGUUGGAGAUAGAUUAUUCAGUGCUUUUGGUCAAGAUACAAUUGAUGCCUUGCUAUGGACUGCUACAGAGCCUAGGUCAAAGACACAAACAGGAUCUCAGCAUUUAGGCACGCUACCACAUCUGCUGUUUGCUGUUACUUAUGUUUUAUUGCACAGUAUAUUGGUACUAUUCCAAGCAACCACACUAAAUGUAGCAAUAAACAGCAGUAACAAAGCCUUGCUAACUAUAAUGAUGUCUAAUAAUUUUGUAGAAUUGAAAGGUUCUGUUUUUAAGAAAUUUGACAAGAAUAACCUCUUUCAACUAUCUUGCGCAGACGUAAGGGAGCGUUUUCAUUUAAUGAUGCUGCUUCUUGCUGUAAAUCUACAAACAAUGAAGGAAUAUGCGUGGAAAGCAGAACGUCUUACGGUGCUUUUACCAGAUUGCAUAAUGUUGUUGUUAGCAGAGGUCCUUGUAGAUUGGGUAAAACACGCCUUUAUAACUCGCUUCAACGAACUUCGUUCCACAGUGUAUAGGGGUUACACUAUAAGUUUAGCUUAUGACAUGGCUCAAACGCGUCAAGAAACUGCUUUUUCUGAUCCUUCGGAUCUGGUAGCUCGUAGGAUGGGUUUCAUUCCUCUUCCUCUUGGGGUCGCAAUAGGAAGAGUAUUGUGCACAACUAUCACACCAGCUGCCAAACCAGCCAACAUAAUUCUUCUGCUCCUAGCAUACCUAAUUCUAAUAGCAUUAAGAAUUCUUAUCAGCUUGGUGAUUCUUGGUAAAGCAUGUGAUUUGAUCGCGUCUCACUCAAAAGAAUCAGAGGGUGCAACAGUGUCCAUAAAACACUCGGCAACCGGUGCGGAUAUAAAAAAUCCAAAUUUAGCUACAGCAAUGUUUUCCAAUAGUGCAAUUAGUUUAAAUAAUGUUUGUUUAAAUGAAGCUAUCUUAAAAGAGGAAUUAGACAAUGAAAAGAUUAGUAAAGAAGUUAUAGAAUAAAAUAUAUCUUUUUUACUAAGAGCUAGACACAAUAUACACUAUAUAAAAAUUCUGGUAACCUUGUAUUAGAAAAUUCUUGAAAACAAAAUGAAGCAGUUUUAUAAAUUUAUUCUUAAACAAGGCCUGUAUAAAAAUCUUGCUGUACAGAAACUGUGAUAAUAAAUAUUUAAUGAUUACUGGGAGUUUUUACAACAGGUAUACCUCUAUUGUAAAGAUUGCUGUUCAAACGUCAAAAAUAAAUUAAUAUUAACUGUAUAAUAAUAUAUAAAUUUAGUAUAUAGAUAAUUUAUUGCUUCAGUAUUCGAAUAUUGGUAAUACUUUAAACUACUCUCAACUUUUUGCAAAGAAUUUCUAUUUUGUUACUACAUCAUUACUGAAACGAAUAAAUGGUACAAAACAUAAUAGUCUGAAUCACAGUAAACUAUGAUUUCUGGGUUAAACUAACACGUUUAUUUGGUGCUGUCUACAGGGUUUACAAUGAACAUAUUGGUUGUAUAAGUAGCUAUUAUAUUAGAUUUUUGUGCCUAUCAGUGUAUAAAGCGUUUUGUUAUAUUUUUGAACAGGUAGAAAUCAAUGUAAAUAAUAUAUGUAUUUAUACGUAGCGUAUCAAAUGUAUAUUUUUUUCUAUUUGUUGGUACAAAGUAUUUUUAAUAAAUCUUGGUGCAAUCAUUUUGUUAUAAGAAAAAGAAACUUUUGUUAUAAGAAAACUUCAAAUACAAUAGUUUUAAGCGUUCUUAUAACUUAAUUAAUACUUUUGUAAUUUCAUUUUUGCAUAAUAAAUCAAACAAAAUUUAUUAGUUAAUUAUUUAAUUAUUAUUUCCACCGCAUGUACUGCUGAUUUUAGUUAAUUUCUUUCUUUUUGGCGUAGGCAACUUCUUAAGUACUACUCUAUACUCAUUUUUUUCGUUUUCCGGAAAUCGAAUGGUAUAUACUGGUAGUUUGUAUGUGUGGUCGUAGCUCUUUUUAACCGGCAUUCGUAGAAUAUGCAAAUAAUUAUUAAGAUAGAGAAAUGUCUUGAGUGCUGCAGCCUAACAUAUAGUAGGUAUUAAUGAAAAUUAAUUCUGACUAGGUUUAACAAAUUUGUAAAAGCUUGUAACUUACUCUGCCACAAUACUCCAAAUGUAUUAACUGAUUUUUCAAGUCGUACAUCCAUGUUUCUACCUGUUUCUCUGUUUCUCUUAUAUAUAUAUUUUCCUUCGAAUUAUCAAUGUCGAGCAUUUUCUUCAAAUAAUUAUCUACAUGAAAUUGCAUACCAUUCUCUAAAUUUGUCAUAUUGUCCUUAAUUAUUGCAAGCAAUUCUGAAAAAUCUGACAUGGCUACACGAAAAUCCGAUUGUGAGAUUGGGAAAUUCAUUUUCCUCAAUUUCUAAUACUUCACUUUUCAAAUACAAAAGACAAUGUAUGUUUUAUAAUAUUUAAAUAACCAUCCUUGCAUACAAAUUUUUUCCUAAAUUAUCCAUUUACAUACAGACACUAAAUUAUAAAUUAUAAUUUUACAAAGGUUACUAUUCCCUGUAUCAUUUGUUUUUCUACAUAAUGUGUAAUACACUUCUAUCAAACAAAAUGUCAAAUAAAAGC